AUGCCUCUAUACUGGAUUCCCACCCGCCGAAAUACUGUUCAUACAAUAACGUUAAUUUUGAAUUUUGUUUUGCCUCUAGGUCUCCCCAACGACUUACUGGUGUGCUGGCACCAAUACCCCUACUUCUUGGGCAUCGUGUUCUGCAAGCUACGGGCCCUUAUCUCAGAAGCAGCCUCCUACGUAUCGGUGCUGACGAUAGUCGCCUUCUCCCUCGAACGUUACCUGGCUAUCUGUCACCCACUGCACCUGUAUACCAUGGCAGGGCUACGGCGCGCGCUGCGGAUCGUGGCCGCCAUAUGGGCUCUGGCCAUGGUCGCUGCCGUGCCCGUGGCUACGUACACUAGCAUACACUACCUGGACUAUCCGCCAGGUGAGCGUAUUUACAAGUUAUCUGUCACCCCCAGCACC